AUGACAGCAGUCAGAGAAAAAAACACAAUUGAAUUUAACGAAAUUUUCACCACUCCUGAGCCACAAAGUGAAUCAGAUGCAGAAACCGAGAGUGAACCGGACACUGAUGAAAAUAGUGAACCAGAUACAGAAACUGUAGAUGAAUCGGAGACUAGCGAAUAUAGUGAUCCUAAUAUCGAGAGUCCUACGGAAGUUUUCGAUGAUGAAGAUGUUCCAUCAUCUCGUAGUUCAACUUGCACGUCAAGAUUAUGGAUAAAAUCAAAUUUCAAGCCAAAACUAUUCCAGUUUCAAAACGAUGAUUGUGGAAUCGCUUGUGACUUAAAUGGAGAGUCACCGUUGGACUUCUUUAAGUUAUUUUUUGAUCAAAAAUUGAUUCACAUUACUGUUGAUGAGACAAACAAAUUUCAAGUAAACUCAUCUGAUAAACAUACAUCGUCAUCAUCACAUCAAGCAAAAUGGAUUCCAACUGAUUUUGAAGAAAUGUAUCUUUUUCUGGCGACCUUCAUGUUAAUGGCGCAUAUGGAAAAGUUCAGAAUUAACGAUUACUGGUCAACCGAUCUCUUGAUGGCAACACCAGUUUUUGGUGAUAUCAUACCUAGAGAUAGAUUCUUACUACUUUUGAAAUCUCUGCAUUUUAAUGAUAAUACAUAUCAACCUGAAGGAGACAGAUCAUACAAGAUAAAACUUGUCGUGCAAGAUUUGAAGCAAAAGUUCCGACGUAUUUUUGUUUCAUAUCAGAAUCUAUGUAUUGAUGAAGGUUUGGUACUUUAA